UGCUCAUGUUUUGUAAAAUCAAGGAUUUUAAAAAAUGUUUAUAAUAUUUUAAACAUCCAUGAAUUCAAGGAUGUUCAUGUCCUAAGAACACUAUAAAAUGAAAAGCCACAAACACAAAUAAAAAUGAAAACAAAAGAUGAUACAGAACCCGAUCAUAAUCAUUAGAAAAAUCAGUGACCUGAAAAUACCACCAAGAACCAUAACACUCCUCCCAUGCGAUCAAGGGACAAUCUGUUGGGACGAGUUGUGAAUACAAACUUCUCGCUAUGGUAUAGUCCGUCUUCUAAUGCCUUUGCAUAUCUUUUUGUUUUUUAGGCUGUGAAAAGGAGUUUAUUUCAAAAUUAUAGGCUUACAAUCAUGAGACAAACUGCACCUAGAUGUGCUAUCCUGUUUUGCUCUCUAUCAAUUUUACAAGGAACAAACUUUCUAACAACCAUGUGAGCUUUAGUUCCACCAUCUAAAUAAAAUAUAUGAACUACAAGUUCAAACUUGAAUUUUCCCUUCUAAAGAAAAACAUUUACGUAAUUUCUUAAAGAGAGUGGAUUUUCAGCUUCCGCAUGCCUAGGCACCCUCUAUAAACAGUAAAAUCAAAAGAAAUAGAUUUUUUUUUAAACUUUGCAGUAUAAAAAAUGAUCAAAAUUUUUAGAUGUUUGCAUGUUUCAUGCCAAAAAACUUUUAGCACUGAAAUCUAAGACUCGUUUAUACACCUUUCUUUACAUGAUAUUUUGGUAUGAAAACUUGCAAAGACCUACAAAAUUUGGUCAUCUUUGAUGUUACAAAGUUUCAGAUUUUUUGAUUUUAUUUGAUUUUACCGUUCGUAGAGGGUGCCUAAACAUCCGGGAGGUAUCACACCUUUUCUUUCUUAAAAGACGCAACCUAGUGGCAAGGAUGAUAGAGAACCUUCUUUUCUACUCUAUCCGUCACACGGAAGGAGUACUCGUUCCGUCCGUAAUUACUUGUUUUCAUAAAUGAUAAAAAAAAACAUGUAUCUAGCACUAAAAUACAUCUAGCUACAUCCAUUCUGGUGACAAGUAUUUGCGAACGAAGGGAGUGUGUUAUACAGUAACCAGUAACCUGCCAAGUGUGGAACUUGUACCUAGAUUAGAAUCUAGCUAGAUCAAAGACAAGAGCAGAAAGAUGCCGGAGAACCGAAACGAUCAGGCUAAGCAUCUAGGUUUAGUCAUGUGAUCAUGUCACGGGGCCAUGGAGGUCGUGGUCAUGGCUUACCUCGUCAAAGAGGAACCCUGAAAUCUUAAAUGCCAUUGCGUCCCAGUUCAAGGGUUUCACUUGAGAAAUAUGUGGACGAUGAUCGUUUGCCUGCCACACACUCUGCCCUCCGUCCCCAUAUAUCGUUCGUGCUCAGACCACCAUAUCCUCUCAUACCUGUAGCCAAUUCCCCUUUGAUGUUUCAUUGCAAUCUGUUCAAGUCUUCUGCUCAUAUGGCGCCGAGCUGCUGGUUCUUCUGUGCCCUUUGGCUACCACUGAUGCUCGCGGUCACCGCGGCCGAUGAACAAUCGGAAGCCUGCGCGGCCAAGAAGUGCGGCAACCUCACCAUCUCCUACCCAUUCUGGCUCGCCGACAAGGAGUGGUCGGCAAGAUCAUGUGGCUCCCUGGACUUCGAGGUCUCUUGCGUCAACGGCAGUUCAGUCCUACGGAGCUCCAUGCCCUCCAGCGACGGCUUCGCGAUCGUCGACAUCUCCUACGAGGAGCAAAGCUUGCACGUCGUCGACGGCGCCAAGCUGUACGCCUCCACCCGCUGCGGAGUGCCGAUCUGGAACACGUCUGCCAAGCUCAGCGUCCGGUUCAGGAUCGACCCCGGCAACCUGAACCUCGUCUUGUACAACUGCACGGAGAAGGGCGCGGCGGCGGCGGCGGCGGCGGCCGUGGCUCGUCGGGACAGGUACCUUGUGGAGACGGGAGUGAGGUGCGGGAACGAGAGCAGGGCGUUUGCCCGCGUGGGAGUGCGGUAUGACGCCACCGGGAACUACGCUGGCUACGCUUUGGAGGGCUGCGACGCCAUCGUCGUGCCGGUGCUGGGCUCGUCGUCGUCGGGCGAGACGAUCGCCGGCGACUACGAGCAGCUCAUCAGGGAUGGCUUCCUCUUGACGUGGGUGCGCCCCCCUACCUUUGCACGUAAGUUCGCCCGCAAAUCGUCUACUUGAACGAAGUUUAAAAUAUUAUGAACAUUUGUGCAAUCUAAACUGCGUAUCUCCCUGAAUAAAAUUAGUUCCCGGAAAAGAUCCGAAUAAAAUACGUUGAGCUCUAAUUUUGAACUUGAAGUCUCCUUUUAAAGAAAAAUAUUUUGGCAAUUUCUAAAAAAACGCAAACCCGAUAACCGGCUAUGACUCUUCUUUCCUAUGUUAUAGAGUAACCAGUAAUCUGCAAGUGUGAAG